AUGAGCGAACAGUCGGGCUACUACAGCGGCUAUGCGCAGCAGCCAACACGGUCCUCCCCCAUCUCGUCCAGGACGGGCUUCAACACCGUCUCCGGACUCCCAAGCGCCAUGCGACCUCAGCAGCGCCACCAGAUAGACUCCUUCACCCAGGGGUCUGCCUCUCUAUUUCCUGCCGAGGACCGCUUCAACCCCUACGAAAGCAACUCUUUCAGACAACAGCAACAACAACACAGAGCACCACCAACACCAGGCUUCCCGACCGACAACUAUAUUGGCAAUGCCCAGGCAUGGGCGUACAACGGUGCCAACACGGUGAACGGAGCAAUGGGCGACAGCAGGCUUCGGCCGAGUGCCUCUCGCAGAGCAGCUCUGCCCACGGAAUGGACCAUGAGCGGCGAGCAAGGUCUGGGGAGUCAGGCCCUCAACACCCCUUCAACACAGUAUUCGGCCAUGGCCAACUUUAACAACCAGAGCAUGGGGAUGAUUAGUGGUGAUGGCUAUGGCUCCGAGCGGCAUGGCUUUGCGAAUGGCAUGUACGACCCUCGUCACGAUGCCAAGUCCAUGUCUAGCGACCUGAUUCCGACCGCCAUUGUCAUCAAGAACAUCCCGUUCAAUGUUCGCAAGGAAAUGCUCACAUCCAUCAUGUCGGACCUGGGACUACCCCAGCCAUAUGCCUUCAACUACCACUUUGACAACGGCAUUUUCCGGGGACUGGCCUUUGCCAACUUCCAGAGCCCUCUCGACACACAGACUGUCAUUGAGCAGCUGAACGGAUACGAGGUUCAGGGCCGCAAGCUGAGAGUCGAAUACAAGAAGAUGCUGCCAGAGCACGAAAGGGAGAGGAUCGAACGCGAGAAGCGGGAGAAGAGAGGCCAGUUAGAGGAGCAGCACCAGCCCCUAACACUGCAACACCAGUCCUCGAUGCACUCUCUAAAUGCCGCCCACAGCACCCGAUCCCGCACUUCGCCGCUGCGGGAUGUGGACCUCAACAAUCCAGACACUCUGCAGUUCUACACGGAGCUUACCCUGUUCCGCAACGAUCCCAACCGUGAAAUCCUGGUUUUCCCCUCUACCAUUACACCGCAUCAGCGCCGAACCGUCCACAUUCUCGCGCACAAUAUGGGGUUGGAGCAUCGCUCGGUUGGCGAGGGGCCGCAGAGACAGUUGCACGUUCUCAAAGAGUCCGCGCCACCUGCGUCCCUCGUGCACAACCUGCCGGGUGUGUCGGCCGAUGCCCACCGCCGUGGUCUGAGCCGUGCUGCUACCAUCGACUUUGCUGAGACCCGGAACAGUGGACCAGGCCACUAUGCCACCAUGGGCCGCUCUAGCCGUCAUGGCCCGACAUUGGAGCUUCCGGACAGCCCAGAUGGUGGGUUAAAUGCGCUCCGCGGCGUCAAGUCGUUUGCCGACCUGCGUUCGUACACGCCCAGCCCUUCCCUGUCCUCAACAGGGUUUCCUCAAGCUGGCAGUGUAGCUCAGUACGGAGAGUACAGCGCCAAUCUUGCCGGUCAGAACAGCUCAUUGACCACACCCACGACUCCGGGUACCAACUCCAACAAUGAUCCCUCCAUGUUGAUCCCGGACCUCAGUGGCAUGACAUUGAGCGAGAACUUUGGCAGCAACAGACUGCGCCCUCGGGACGCACCUGGCGCCAUCGGCAGCCAGCGGCCCGUGAUGAACGGGUCCAGCACCCGCAGCAUUCCCGAACGUCAGCCACUGGGCCCAAAUGGAGAUUGGGGUGAAGGCAUGGCCGGUUUUGCUGCCCGCGGCCGGGCCAAUGGCCACAUGCAACGGGGAAGCGGUACGUGA